AUGGAGGAUACAAUCGCCGAACUACGACGUCAGCUCGAGGAAGAGAGAAAAGCGCGAGAAGAAGCAGAACGCCGUGCGGAACGAGACAGGGAAGCGCGAGAAGAAGCAGAACGCCGUGCGGAACGAGACAGGGAAGCGCGAGAAGAAGCAGAACGCCGUGCGGAACGAGAGAGAAAAGCGCGAGAAGAAGCAGAACGCCCAUCUCAACCCAACACACUUUGGGGUCUUCUGCAUCGCUGUCACGAAUCCUUGUCUCACGCCUUCCGGGUCGAGACGGAUGAGAAAUUAUUGACGCGGGGCCCCACGACUGAACCAGUCAACCGACUUUACCCCAAGCGCAUAGCCCGUUGGGUUGACUUCCCUCAGCUCCAAGAGCAGGUCUGGACCAAAUUCGAUAGCGCUGAUGCCUUUACCUCACGCCCGCUCUUCUCUUCCGAUACUGCGAUAAGCCAGGUCGCUCUUGACAUCAAAGCGGAAUCGAUUUAUUCGGAAUUGUCCCUUCGAAAUUUUGAGCGAGUCGCAGUGGAGAAUUUUGUCAAAUCAGUCAUACAAGCGUUACGAAGUGAUGAGCUCCUUCGACAUGAGUUCGGUAUCCAUGGUCGAAUCACUCUCUAUGACCGCCCGAGCCUAUCGGAACCUUCGCUAGACAAGAGCUUAGAACAAAGAGAUCUUCAGGGUGCCCAGACGCCACAACGACUCGCGAACGCAAGUCAGAGCGGCACAGGAAGAUGGCAAAAGGCGGCACAAACUCAGAAAAGCGAUAGCACCUCGCGGAGACGUAAUCGCCGCGCCGACCAGAUCUGUGUGCACAUUACGGAUGAUGCACGACAAACACCGGUCUAUGCAGUGGAAUACAAAGCACCGCACAAGCUGACAAUCCCUGAACUGGUAACAGGAUUACAUCCUCUUGAUCUGGCUCGCGAUGUCAUUGGUCAGGAAGGGGUAACAUUUGAAUUUUAUGCCACCCGUCUCGUCGCCGCCGUGGUCACUCAGAUAUUCUCUUACAUGAUCGACAGUGGAGUCCGGUAUGGCUAUAUCUGCACCGGGGAGGCUUUUGUUUUCCUCCGCAUUCCCCAAGAUGACCCGACAGUUGUUCAGUAUUCUUUGUGUAUCCCGAAUCAAGAUGUACAGGGGGACGAUGAAUUACGCCUCCACCGGACCGCCAUCGGUCAGGUCCUUGCAUUCACCCUUCAAGCGCUUGCCGCUGAUGCUCCGUCCCAAAAGUGGCGCAGUAAGGCAAGUAAGCUAACGACUUGGGAGGUCGAAUAUUCGGACGUGCUCAAGAAAAUCCCCGAGACUCUUCGGAAGGACCCGCCAGCCUCCAAUUAUCGGCCCUCGCACUGGAAACGAACUACAAAAAUACAUAAUACGCGCUCUCGCGCUCGUUGUCAACCACAUGUGUCUCCAACGAAACACUUAUCGACUGAAGGCAGCGACAGUGAGGAGGGAUUGCACUCUCCAUCUACGGCAGCAGCGUCACGCCGCCGAUUGAGCCGAGGCCGAGGCAAUAACCGUCAUUCAAAAGGGAGAGGCCGUAGGCCGCGAAACGACCGGAACCGUAAACAGACGUCUAGAAAAAACGGACAAGACGCGCAAGACGAGCAAUCCAUACUACCAUUCUGCACUAUUGCUUGUAUCCGUGGGAUAGUCAACCGAGGCCCUCUGGAUAAGAAAUGCCCUAACUGGAAACUCCACGGUAGUCACACUCACUCUAUAGGGCCGCAGGAGUUCACACGCCAGCUUGACCGUCAAUUUUCCCGGAAUCCAUACAUUGGAUUUGAGCCGCUGCACAUCCGCGGUCGAACAGGCUACAUCCUGAAAGCUACACUUCUCUCACACGGAUACACUGUUAUUAUUAAAGCUACAACUAUAGAAAAGCAGCAUCACCUCCAAGCGGAAGCGGACAAUUAUCACCACCUCAGGAGCUUGCAGGGACAACAGAUCCCCGUCUUUCUAGGAAUGUUUACGCCACGGGUUUCAUAUUAUUACCACGGUGAUCCAAUGGAGCAGAUGAUGAUUCUCAGCUGGUCUGGAAAGAGGCUCCAGUUCGUCAUAAACGAUGAGAACUCGAGGUUCUUUCACGAAGAGCGAGAAAAGGCUUUGGCCAUACUCCGAUCACACGGAGCUGUCCACGGCGAUAUUGAAUGGCGCAACAUGUUGUGGGAUGAUCUGAGCGGCCGCUUGAUUGUCAUAGACUUGGAGGAUAUGAAAUGGUUGAAGCGUCCUCGUGACCUUGGACCAACGAAACCUGGGAAAGCUGGACGUGGCCAUCGCGCAACUGCGGGAAAGCCCGGUCAGGGGUAUUCGUCCCGCUCAGCCGCCGCUGUCUGGCCAUAA